AUGGGUUUGAGGAGGGAUGAUCUUCUAUCGUCUCUCUCCACGCUCCCCACCACUUCACUCCUCAGGAAUUCCUACUUCAGGCCUUGGAGGACAAACUUGGCGAGACAAGAGUCUUCGAGCACGAUCAAUUUGACUAAGGAUAAAUUUGAGGUUAUACUUGACGUCCAGCAGUUCGCGCCCGAAGAGAUCACAGUGAAAGCGUCCAACAACUCAGUGUUGGUCGAAGGUAAACAUGAGGAGAAACAGGACGAGCACGGGUUCAUAUCUCGCCAGUUCACACGCCGCUACAUCCUUCCCACUGGUUAUGAUGUAGCUGAUAUCAUCAGUUCGCUGUCUUCUGACGGUGUUCUCACCAUCACUGCUCCGAAGAGGCCACCCCCAGUAGCUGGAGAAAGGAUUAUUCCCAUUACCAAAACUGGCCCAGCAAAGGAUAUCCCUAAGCCUGAACAGCCUCGGGAACAAACCGUUCCCAUUAUAACAUCCCCUUGA